GAGCUUACGACACUGGCGCGAGCGGGUGCUGUACCCGCCGACACGGCGAAGAGAGUUACUUUUCCUUACAUCUCCAACCAUGUUCCUUACGAUCUUCAUGUAACCGGUGAAGACAUUGAAAAAGGCUUCUAUACUGAGCUUCUCAAGCUCGAGGGUUAUCUCAAUACUUACUGGACCGGGGCUGCCUUUGCUGGACAUAACAGUGGUUUGAUCUGGAAGUGGAAUGACGGCACAGUUCUGCCCGCUUUGAAGAAGGACCUUGGAAUUUGA